AUGUUCAAACAACUCGAGAAAUAUAAGGAAAAGUCAAGAAGUGACUUUUCACCAGUUUCCUCGGCCGUGUCACGACACAAGAGAAUCAUGGAUCAAAUUAGUUCAGAAGAAUUGCAGCAAAGAAACGUGGUUACCGUCAGAUUAUUCACGCAUAUGUUCCGUGCAUUUCAAAGAAAACGAGAAAUAUACCACAAAAGCAGGAAGAGUAAUUUUAAAGAAAUUGCAGGUUUCUUACCACCGUACCAUGUGAUAAUGUAA